AAGGAUCUGUGUCCAUAAUACUGUAAACUAUCGGAAUUCAACAUGCGCACCUCGUGGCUCGCUAUCUUGGCCCUGGCGCUUGGCGCGCUGGUCGCAGCUGAGGCGAAGUGCGUUGUUAAGCCGCGCAAGGCAGUCGUCGACAUUGCCGGCAUCAAGAAUUACACCGGUCCGGGCCCCAGCAGCAUCACAAUCCUCCAUGUGGACGCUUGGGACGGCGACGAUGCCUUCCUGUCUGCGUACCUGACGAUGCCGCCCGGAGCUGUCUUUCCCAUCCACCGCCACCUGGACUUCAGCGAGCACGUGCUUGUGACGCGGGGCGUCGGCAGCUGGGAGUACUGGCCCCUGGACGCGCCCAAGCCGGUGGCUGACCCCAUCAAGGCCGGUUCCAGUGUGUACAUGGCGCCCAACGUGCUGCACAGGAUUGUGAACACCUCCCCCACUGAGACGCUGGAGAUCAUGAUCACCGCCGCGCCGGGCCGCAACACCGUGCAGGAGGCGUACGAGGACUGGCCUGACUCGCCCACCGCCGCCGGACACCCCAUCGAGCUGCCCUGGCACACGGACUGCCCCCCGGGCCAGGAGCUGAAGCAGGAGCUGUGAACAACUGGACAUGCAAUAACCCGCCUGCCGCAUGGGGCCACUCCCCGCAUCCACGUGGUGACUGGGGAUGGGGACGAACGCCGGCAGGCCCUGAGGGACUGCACGGCGUCCAGUGGUUCGGAACAACCUAAUGCACAAGAAUCGAAGCCGAAGCACAUUGCGCGCAACCCGUGGUGCUUGUGGAGUGCUGGAGGCCGCUCCCCUUCUUUUGAUGGUCGUGGCUGGAGGCGCUACGGCGGGGCUCGUGCGGCGGCGGGCAAUGCACGGCAAUGCACAGUGGGGAUGUGGGAUGGUCAUGUUAACCGCAUGCUGAUGACGGUAGCGCUGUGAUGGCGGGGUGCUGCAUCGGCGCGUGGUUGUGUACCCCUAUCUUUAUUUUGGCCAGUUCCGUGUGGUACGAAGGAUGCAAGCUGAUUAUGUGCGCGCAUGCCGGCAAGGCAGGGUGAUCUGUUGGGCUGCCCAGCACUUGACGUCGUACGUGCUGCAGUACAUUACUGCUGAAAUGCUGUAGUAUCUGCUUGUCCCAUGUGCAGUUGAAAGGGAUAGGUUGGAACCGCCGUUCCCUAUCGUAAUGACGGUAAGUUGUGUUUGGCCGGGUGCGUUGUCGGCGACGCCCUGUUAUAUCGCACGGCGCUGUUUGUACGCGCGUGUAACAACAUUGAGGACACAUCUGGUAUCUGGAUCACAGCCCAACAAGCCUUUGCGGUUGAUGUGCGUGGCUCUAUGCGCAAGGGCCUUGGCCAAUCGGAGAGAUGCACACUCAUGGUGUCAUGCACGGCGCUCAAGCAGCAGGGCCAAUCACCUCGUCGUUCAGAGCGCUGAUGCUCCUUGUCGCCUCUGACAGCAUGUGGCUGCCGCAUGUUCACCAACGACUCAACGACCGCUGUGUCAUUGAUGCGAACGUGCAAGGCAAGCAACGUGUCA